AAUUUUGCUUCUGCAUUUUGUAGAUAAUAUGCAGAGGCUGGUAAUCUAAGCUAUUCUUUUGCUUCAGAUUUGAUAUUUUCUAACGCGAGGAAGAAAAACAAAGCAAUGGGUUUUGUCUUAAUUUCUUCUUUUUCCCCGUCCUCGCUCGUGCUCGCUUCUCAGCUUCACCAGUUCACUGCUCGAAUCAAAAGCACUGAAAUUUCGGUUCGUCCUCAAUUUUCUCCGGUUUGUAGAAGUAGAACCCUUGCUGCAAAACCAUGCUGUUUCAAUCUCCCUCAAGAACCAAUUCUCUCGGAGGCUCUCAAGGAGCCAAUUGCAUUUGUGGGUGGGAUGUUUGCUGGAUUACUAAGACUUGAUCUGAACGAAGAACCGCUUAAAGAAUGGGUGACGCGAACAGUUGAAGCCUCAGGUAUUACAGAAGAGGAAGUAGUUGAUGCAGAUGGAAUGGCCUCCAAUGAAGUAGAAUCUCCUCAACAGAUAGAGAUUGAAUGAGGUCUUGAACCUUUACUCUUUACCGUUAUCUCACUUCAUACAGAAGUUGUGAUUGUGGUUACUGUUGUACCAUCUCCAAGGAGAAAUGUAGCAGUUUGCUUUUUGUAUGUAUGUAACCGUAAAAACUAAAAUAAACACUUUUUGUUUACA